AUGGCACAAGUUAAAAUGCAGACUACAGCAAACCUGUCUGGACCCACCAUGGCCCCUGUGGUGCUACCCCUGCCAGUUACAGCUACAAAUACACUGAGUCUGCCAUCCUCAAUGAAUGGAUCAAUUUCAGAAUCAGCUGCCAGCUGUAGCAGUCCUACUGCCAGCCUUGUGGAUCCUGCGUCUUUGAUCAACUCACCAGACUCUUUAUUUACAGCUCCUCUCCAAGAUAACAUGGCAAACCCCAAAGAGAAAACUCCAAUGUGUCUGGUAAAUGAGUUAGCCCGUUUCAAUAGAAUUCAACCCCAGUAUAAGCUUCUGAAUGAAAGAGGGCCUGCUCAUGCCAAGAUGUUCACAGUGCAGCUGACUCUUGGAGAACAGACAUGGGAAGCUGAAGGAAGCAGUAUUAAAAAGGCCCAACAUGCUGCUGCUAGCAAAGCAUUGAAUGAAACCACCCUUCCCAAACCAACACCUAGACCACCCAAAAACAAUGUAAACAAUAAUCCAGGCAGUAUAACACCAACUGUGGAGCUGAAUGGUCUGGCAAUGAAAAGAGGAGAGCCUGCCAUCUACAGGCCGUUAGAUCCAAAACCAAUCCCCAAUUACAGAGCAAAUUAUAAUUUCCGGGGCAUGUACAAUCAGAGGUAUCACUGCCCAGUGCCUAAAAUUUUCUAUGUCCAGUUAACUGUUGGCAACAGUGAGUUUUUUGGUGAAGGAAAGACUCGUCAAGCUGCUAGACAUAAUGCUGCAAUGAAGGCCCUUCAAGCUCUUCAGAAUGAGCCUAUUCCAGAAAAAUUACCUCAGAAUGGAGAAACAGGAAAAGAAUCAGAAGAAGACAAAGAUGCAAACAAAUCUGAGAUCAGCGUAGUGUUUGAAAUUGCUUUGAAGCGCAAUAUACCUGUCACUUUCGAGGUGAUUAAAGAAAGUGGACCUCCUCACAUGAAGAGCUUUGUUACACGAGUUACAGUAGGAGAAUUCACUGCAGAAGGAGAGGGCAACAGUAAGAAACUCUCAAAGAAACGUGCUGCAAUGGCUGUACUACAAGAACUUAAGAAACUUCCUCCUCUUCCUGUGAUUGAAAAGCCAAAACUUUACUUUAAAAAGCGUCCAAAAACAAUAUUGAAGACUGGACCAGAAUAUGGUCAAGGAAUGAAUCCCAUCAGUCGUUUGGCUCAGAUUCAACAGGCCAAAAAGGAGAAGGAGCCAGAGUAUGUUCUUCUUUCGGAGAGAGGAAUGCCUCGCCGUCGGGAAUUUGUUAUGCAGGUAAAAGUAGGCAAUGACAUUACUACUGGAACAGGCCCAAACAAGAAAAUAGCUAAAAGAAAUGCAGCAGAAGCAAUGUUGCUACAGCUGGGAUACAAAGCCUCUACUCCUCUUCAAGACCAGACAGAAAAGCUUGGAGAAAACAAAAGUUGGAAUGGCCAAAAUGUUGGGUUUCCUGAGCCAACAAGUAAUACACCAAAGGGAAUACUCCAUCUCUCUCCUGACGUAUAUCAAGAGAUGGAAGCAAGCCGCAACAAAUCAGCCCCUGGUACCACUGUAAGCUAUAUGUCAUCCAAAGAAAUGAGCCAGACUUCUAGCUCUUUCUUCAGCAUAUCUCCUACCACAAAUAGCACAGCCACCAUUGCCAGGGAACUUCUCAUGAAUGGAACGUCCCCAACUGCCGAAACCAUAGGUCUAAAAGGAAUAUCUCCUGCUUCCCCCUGUUCUACAGUGCAGCCUUCAAAACAGCUGGAAUAUUUGGCAAGGAUUCAAGGCUUUCAGGUACACUACAGUGAUAGACAAAAUGGCAAAGAGUGUUUGACCUGUUUGACACUGUCUCCUGUGCAGAUGACUUUCCAAGGUAUCGGGAGCUCCAUUGAAGCCAGCCAUGACCAGGACCAUGAACCCUCUUUAGGAACCCUUCUUAUGCAACAGAGAGUCACAGCUGGGCAGUCCCAGGAGCACAAAGUGGUAACCACAGAACAGUCCUGUUUUUGACUCAAUGAGCAGUUUGCUCAAUAGAGCUGCAUGAGGAGAAAAGUUUGGUGGAAUUCUUAUUUGAAAUUAACCCCUUUGAUCUGAAUAAUGAAAAGAAGAAUUCUUAUCCUCCUGGGAGUUAAAGAGACUUAAGCUAUGAUUUUUCACAGUCUGGUAUUGACCAUCAAGUCAAUACUGGACUUGAUGGUCAAUACUUCUUCCCCUUCAGUUUUCACCACAAGUGGUCAAAGCUAAAGAAACUGUGGCAGAUAACUUCAAAUUUCUAAAGGUAUUUACAGUUCACAAUGCAGAAUAUCCAUCCUGAGUCUGGGAACAGAUUUGGCCAAAGCAAAACUGCUCCUUCCAAUGUAUUUCCAAUGUUUCCUGGAGGAAUAUGCUUGCUCUGCUCCACAGCCAGCCCCAUCCCUGCCUCGGGUAGGUAUCCAGCUGGUGGCGGCAUUGUUCAAACCUCCAGCCAUGUGCUCCUCUGGGUGGAAGUUGCCACAUGGACCCAGAGCUGACUGCCAGGUCAGGCUACAAAGGCAAUUUAAGGUGGUAGGACAUGUUCAGAUGAAGUCACUGUGCUCCCCAGCAGUACCUGGAAAGUCUUUGUCUUCCUCCCUUAUGUAUUUCUUCUAAGCAUAAUCUGCAGACAAAACAAGAUCUUUCUUUCCUCAGCAUUCAGCUCUUCAGCUGUCUGGAAAAGAGCUUUACAUUUGUUUCAGGAUAUUUAAAACUUGGUUUCAUGGCAUUGAUUCAUAAAGGACAUUUUGGCAGCUGCUGUUGCUGAAUCUCUUGUAUCGGCUGUAGAUAAAGUAAGGCAAGUGCCAAAGCCUCAAGUCUUUUAUGCUGAUAGCAGUGGAGCUCUGAGCAGUCCCUGUACCCACCAUGUCUCAGCCACUUAGAUAAAAAUAACACCUUUGGCUGAUACUGGUUACAAGGCUUAUCCCAGUAAUGGAAAGAUUUUAGAUGGUUUGUAAGGCCACAGAACGCCUGUUUAGACAUUUCUUCAAAACAUUGGGCUGUUCAGCAAGUCAGUCGUAUUUCAUAUUCCCUCCUAAAUGUUUCCUGCUUCAACAUUGUUUUGAAUAAUUGAGGUAGUUCUUCUAGCACAGCCUGCUGAAUGAAAUUAUGAAUUGAGGAGAUUUUUAUGUUGUUGUAUUUGAUUCAAUACUUCAUUGUCAUUCAUGUGAGGUGGUAUAAUAAUACACUAUCAGUCAUUUAGUGGGGAGCUGGGCAUACAUGAACCUUUGUGCCUGUGAGUGGGGCUUCCCAGGGUGCCUCAGUUCAUCAGUGCAGAUAAUACUGCAGAACCUGUGGCUUGAUUUUGGAAUGCCACAAAACAGCAUCAUUCUUCCAAAUUAAAUAAAAAGUAAAGGCUCAGUGUAUAGAACUUUUUUUUUCAGUCAUCAUGUGUCUGUCCAUGCUUGUGAGAAAAAUAAUAGGAAAAAAAAAAAGGGCAAAGGAAUGUUUGCCAUAAUUUUAUAAGCUGCAAAAUAAUUAAGUAAGAAGAUGUGGGUUUGAGAGGGAGUUAAGGAAAUUAAAAGGAGGCAUCGAACAUUGGCUUGAUCCAGGAGUGCUUAAAAUCCCAUUUGCCCUUACAGGAUGAAAAUACUAGUGAGGAAGUCUGACAUGCUGGCAAAGACACAAUUUAGACAUGUCAAACUACUUUAAGAUAAUUUGAAAGUUUCUUGGCCCUCAUUUGAAUAAACUGGAUCUUGAGUUUUUUUGAACUCUUCUGAUAAGUAACACUUAAAAUGCUUUUGAUCAAAUACCCUUUCUCAGGCAAUUACAUGUUCUUAAUUUAGAGGCCAGUUCAAAAGAUUGCUUGUUACCUUCACUUAACAAAGGUUCAAGUGCUGCAGUUUUCUGAUCCUUUUAAAAAAGGCAAACAAGGAGAGUUUGCACAAUAAAAGUUCUUUUUUAUUCUCAAAUUAAUUAUUUUGAAAUAUCUCACAGAUUACAUCAGUUUCUUCCUUGCAUUCAUGUUGCAAGAUGGCGAGUAUUGUAUAUUGUUAGUGAUGCAUUAAAUUAGUUGUUUACAUUAUAAAAUCUAAACAUAUUAGAAUCUUUUGUGUUUGUCUUCAAAGAUUCCUAUUCUAAUAAAGCUUUCUGAAACAAGUAAGGUUGUCUUUUUUGUUUAGUUUAUGCAUCAGUGGAGAACCUAAAGAUUUGUAGCCUCUAGCCAUCCCCGUCUGUGUUUAGUAGAGUGUAAGGAAAUUGUGUUUUGGAAGAUAUAUAUUAUCUUUUCAUAUAAAAGGGAAAGUUAUAAUUUUAAAUAAACUAUGUUUCAUUUAGAAAAGGUAACACCUGAGACAAAUGUAAAUGGAAAGAGUCAAAAUUUGUAUUCUUCUCUCAAAAGAUUUGUUUUGCUGCAACUUUUAAUCAGAAUAAAAGAUGUAUAUAGUCCUGAAAAAUAAAGAUCUUGGCUGAA